GUCUAUCAUACUUCUUUCAGAAGUUCUUAACUUCAUGAUUAAACACAUUUCCACGUCAAAAACUUAUCCAAUCUCCUAACCAUCUUAUUUAAUUUUUCUUCUUCCACGAUCCCUAUAAAUACACCCAUAGUUCCGCCACUUUAAUCACAAACAUAAGCUUAAUUAACUCCUAUCUAAUCUUCCAUUGAAUCAGUCGAAAAUGGCGGUUGAUCUUUCUCCCAAGUCAGCCGAGAAGGUUUAUGAAAGCAAUGGUGGCUCCUACUCUAGAUGGUCUGAUCUUCCCAUACUAAUCAAAGAGAACAUCGGCACCGCCAAGCUUUCUCUUCUCAAGGACGGUUUUGCUCUACCGAGCUACUCCGAUUCCUCUAAAGUCGCUUAUGUUCUUCAAGGUGGCGGUGUGGCAGGAAUUGUCUUACCGGAAUCAGAAGAAAAGGUAAUUGCAAUCAAGAAAGGCGAUGCACUCGCAUUACCAUUCGGUGCAGUUACAUGGUGGUACAACAAAGAAGACACAGAACUUGUAGUCCUUUUCCUCGGAGAUACCUCAAAAGCCCAUUUACCCGGCUUUUUUGCUGAUUUUCACCUCAUCGGCUCUAACGCCAUAUUCACCGGCUUCUCCUUGGAGUUUAUCAGCCGAGCAUGGGACCUAAAGGAGGACGAAGUCAUAACCCUAGCCCGAAGCCAACCCGACCAAGGAAUUAUCAAGCUUGAAGACAAUUUCAAAAUGCCUGAAACCAAUAAUGAACACAGACAAAGUUUGGUAUUGAACUGCGAUGAAGCUCAACCUGAUAUUGAUGUUUAUUACGGAGGCAGAGUUGUGGUGUUAAACACCAGGAAAUUUCCUUUACUAGGAAAAAUCGGACUCGGUGCCAAUUUCGUGACAUUGGAGGGGAAUGCAAUGCGCUCUCCAGGAUUUUCCUACGAUUCUGCUCUUCAGGUUAUGUACAUUGUUCGAGGCAGUGGUCGUGUUCAGGUUGCCGGAGCAACCUGGGAAAGAGUCCUGGAAUUUGAUUUGAGUGCAGGGUGUUUGUUCAUCAUUCCGAGGUUUCUCGUAGUUUCCAUGAUUGCUAAUUCUGAAGGAAUGGAAUGGUUCUCUGUUAUUACAACUCCUGAUCCUGUUUUCACCUAUCUGGCUGGAGAGACUUCAGUUUGGCAGGCUCUGUCUCCUCAAGUUUUUGAGGCAUCAUUUAAUGUGGAUUCUGACGUUGCACGGCGUGUCCGUGACAGGAAGACUUCUGGUGCAGUCUUCUUCCCUCGCCCAUACUGAAGAAAGCUAUACUUAGAAUUUGUACCACGCCCUCUACUUUUACUAAAAUCGGUCCACUCAAUUCACCACAAAGAAUUAGGAAUUAUCUUUUAAUAAUGUAGUAAGUGGUGUAAUUUUCAUACUGAAUAAGGAUGUUAAUUGAUUGAUGCUGUCUUUAUUGAUUGGAGAU